AUCAUAUGUGUAAUUCGUGUUACAAUUCAAACGGGAUCGAAAGAUAAUCUUUCUCUCUCCAUUGACUUCAAUACAAACUUUUUCCGAAAUAAGGUCCCAUGAAUCUAAAGCAUGGUCAAAAGCUCCCCCAGAGCCGGAGCUAAACCGAAGAACCGGUUCUGCACCUGAAAAGCUCUAGCACGGAGCUUGAACCGGAGUUGCGUUGGUGUGAAUGAGGUACCAGUCACAUCGUUUUUGCGUACUCUAACAACGAUGUCGUCCAAGGGAGUUAAACGUUGUGUUGUUGUUGGCUGCAAUAAUAUGAACAAGGGCAAGGUACUGCAUGCACUGCCAUCUCUGGAAAAAUACAGGAAUCUGUGGCUAGAGUUUAUUUUCCAGGGACAUGUGCCAGAAGACUACAACAGAUUUCUGCUUGUGUGUUCAGAACAUUUUGCCCCUGACAUGUUUAUGAACUUCACUCAAGUCAAAGAAGGAUUUGCCUCCAGACUAAGGCUAAAACCGGGAUCAAUACCCACCAUCCGGGACCAGGCCAGUGAGGCCACAUCCAAUUUGGAAGCUGGUACCGGGGACAGUUUCUGUCAAACUUCGCCUGCUGUACGACACGUAGCCUCCCAGACUGACCCUCCAGAGAUAAUAUCAGACACUCUGAUAUCCAUAAAAACAGAACCUCUAACGAGAAGAUCAGUCGGCACACAGUUAUCCAAGAGAACUCUGCAGAAUCCCGUUCGCAGCACAGCCACCCAAGCGAGAGUGCCCGGCAAAGAUUGUGGCGUCUGCACCCCCACCUUCCCCUUGGACAGUCCACUGCUGCUCCUACAACCAACCAUAGUUAAGAGACCACCAAAGAGACCUCGACUCAGCCUAUCAGACGAGGAGGAAGGCCCCUCAGAAGGCUGUUCGUCUAUGGGGAUUAAUGAACCAGGGAAUUCAACAUGACUGUGGACUCUUUGAGCAAGACAGCAGGCCUUCAGCCGCUUCAUUGGAACUGUUUAAUAAUACUGUAGAAAACUGAAUGCCUUUAGGCAACUCAUUCUCCCAUUUGGUUACUGAUUUAAAAAUGGGGUUUGUGGUCUGCCUGGCUAAAUGUGUAAUGUGUUUUUAUUAACUCGUUAUACCUCAAUGUUUUUUUCUGAGAACAGUGCUGUUUCACUUCUCGAAUCUAGACAGGGGUGGAGAAGAAGUUUGGAUAAUGCAAUAUCUACCGGAACCACAAAGAUAGAAACAAACUAAUUCCUAUUUUCACUAUCAAUCCAUCAGGACUGAGGAAAACUGAUAUGGAUCGGUACAGCUUUUCACCAUCAUUGCUAAUCAAGGGAUGCUGAAUUUAAAAUGUACAAGCGUAUCAGGGGAACGUGAAAUCUUUGAUAUUUACCCAAAAGGACACUUUUUUUGACUACCAGGUUCAGUUUCAGCUCUACAUGUGCUUUUUCCUGCAGCUUGAAGCUGGUUCAUUUACUGUAUUUCAUGUUGAAGCCGUAACCAAAAGGGAAAAGAUAUGUCCACACAGAUUUAAAUGUAGCUUUUGGAGCUACUGGUUAUGUGUGCCAAAAAGUAUUUCGAGCAAGCCAGCAGGAAAACUGAGAUUGAAUCUUUAACCUGUGAAUUGUCAGUGGCCGGAUCCUAUCUCACAGGUUUCUUCGCUUAACUUGCUGUGUUCAGAGAUGAUUAUCUUUUUCAUUUUUAUAGGAAAAACAUACAGUACAUGUUCGAUAUGUGUUGUUAUAAAACAAAGUUCUCUUUA